GGUAACAAAUCAGGAAUUUCCUUUUGCCACUCCUGCUGCUAGGAGCAACUACCAAGCAGCUCGACUUGCAUGCUCCCGCUUCCGCGCUGAAAACGCUGGUCUGGGUUGCUAGAACCAGUUCUGUAGCAUUUCUGCACAUUCCAUUGGGUUAUUGAAGGUUUCUUGAGUUUUUUAAAUCUUUGUUUCCCUAGAGCAAAUUGCUAAACUACGCCGUUGCUUUUUUAUUUUUGUUACCCCUCCUAUUCCCACCCAAACACAAGCCUGUGAGCUGCUUUUAUAAAAAAAAAAAAAAAAAAAAAAAAAAAAAAACUCAUGACGUUUACAGAAGUGGGCAAGCUGCGUUUUCUUAUUCUGGAUGCAUUUGGGUACAACUUUGUAACUUGACUUUUAAAAGUUGCGCGAAGCUGUUGUGCUGCUUUAUCUUUGACGCCGCGAAGAAGCGAGAAUCCCAAGUUACACUUACACAUGCGAAAAGGAGCAACAGGCAGCGGCUCUAAGAAGUUUGGAUUGCUUUACUGUUCUGAGUGUACAGAGACCAAGUCCCGUUAUUUCUUUCCUUUGGGGUUGAAUCGGAGUCGGGUUGUUCUCUGCACCGCUGAGAUGCGUGGAUGCUUUUCAGUGUGGGGGUCUGGAUUACUUCAGCACGUCCUUGGAUUCAAUUGAUCUCUCUCACACACACACACAUACACACAGAGAUACACACAGCCGUGCGUAUUUAGAAUUAUAAAGCGAGCGUCUCCUUUCUGAAGAGGAGGGAUGAACGCGGUAAGAAGAGUUUGGAAGGAUGUUCUCGGUUGUAAAAUGGAAACGAAGAAAACCUUGGCUGUUUUUCUGGUUCUGUGUUUAGGCGUUUGUCUGAGUUACAGCCAGGAUCUAAACCCUAAAGGGAGAAACGUGUGCAGGGGAAUGGGUUCAUUUGUAUGCUGCCCUGGAUGGAAGCAGCACGUGGAUGACUGUAUUACAUCCGUUUGUGAAGGGAAUUUUACCUGCAAAGAGAACGAAGUGUGUGUGAGACCCAAUGAAUGUCGCUGUCGCCAUGGAUACUUUGGAGCCAAUUGUGAGACCAAAUGCCCUGGUCAGUUCUUCGGCCCGGACUGCAAGGAAAUGUGCACCUGCCACCCGAAUGGGCGCUGUGACGACGUGAUCGGCAAGUGCACCUGCAACCCCAACCGCUGGGGGGUCAACUGCGAGAACCAGUGCCUCUGCCAGCGGGGGAAGUGCGACCAGGACACGGGCAAGUGCACGUGCGACACGGGCUGGUGGGGCCCCCAGUGCGCCAACACGUGCUACUGCAGCAGCAGCUCAGUGUGCGAGCAGAGCACGGGGCGUUGCAUCUGCCAGCCGGGCUGGUGGGGGCGUACCUGCAACAGCCAGUGCCCCUGCAGCAACUCCCCCUGCGAGCAGUUCAGCGGGCGCUGCCAGUGCCACGAGAGGCUGUGGGGCACGCGCUGCGAGAGGUACUGCCAGUGCGUCCAUGGCAAGUGCAACCAGGCCGACGGCUCCUGUACCUGCAAGCCAGGCUACAGAGGAAAGUUCUGCAGGGAACCCUGCCCCGCGGGCUUCUAUGGGCAAGGCUGCAGACGCAGAUGCGGGCGGUGUAAACAGCAGCAGCCGUGCACAGUUACAGAGGGGCGUUGCCUGACUUGUGAAGCUGGCUGGAACGGCACCCAGUGUGACCAGAUCUGCUCCCCUGGUUUCUUUGGGGGAGAGUGCAAGGAAGUGUGCCCGCCCUGCAAAGAUGGCCACCCCUGCAACCACGUGGAUGGGAAAUGCACACACUGCAACCCUGGCUGGAUCGGAGACCGGUGUGAGAUAAAAUGCCUCAAUGGAACAUAUGGAGAGAACUGUAAAAACAUCUGCAAUGAUUGUUUUAAUGGGGAAUGCCAUUUCGCCACUGGAGAAUGUCUCUGCAAUCCGGGCUCUUAUGGGACCAACUGUAACAUGACUUGCCCAGCCGGUCAGUAUGGCGUGAACUGUGCCCAUGCUUGCUCCUGCCAUGAGAGUACCUGUAACUCCACCACUGGGGAGUGCUUCAUGCAACCCAAUCAAAGAAUGGGUGUGAUUGCAGCGGGGGCGCUAGUGAUCUUCCUCCUCAUCCUCCUCCUCUCACUCCUGUGCUGCUGCUGCGUCUGCCGCAAGAAAAACAAGAACGAUCCAGAGCAUGAGAACUCUGCGAACAGCAAGAAAACUCGAAGACAGCUUUGUGGCAGGUUCAGUAGGAUCAGCACCAAAUUCCCCAGGAUUCCACUGAGACGCCAAAAACUGCCAAAAGUUGUGGUUGCUCACCAUGACCCUGAGAAUACGUUCAACUGCAGCUUCAUCGAGCCUCCUUCUGCGAUGGAGCAGCCCUCCCCCUCCUGGUCAUCGAGGGGCUCCUUCUCAUCCUUCGAGACCAGCGACGAUGGACCCGUCUACUGCGUCCCCCAUGAAGAAUCUAUGUCUGAAAACAAAGAGAAGGGAAGCUCCAACGUGGUGGAGAAGGUAGCUCCACCGAUCAGUGAGGAAGAUGCUGGGGAGUACACCUCUUUGAAGGACACAGGGAAAGCCUUGCCAGGGGACACCAGCGAAACUCCCUUGCUGAAAUCCUCUGAUAGCGAGGGAUCCACAAGCGGCUCCGAAUCCACCAGCGGGGCUCUCUAUGCUAGGAUCGCCAGGCUCUCCAAGCAGUCCGAGGAUGAAAACAGCAGCAGCAAUGUCAAGGGCAACGGCAAACCUCCGUCACCAGAAAGAGCCAAGCCUCGCCCUCCGGACCCUUCCACCAAGCCCAAAAUCUCCUGGAUCCAUGGCAAGGUUGGAAACAGCCAGAAUCCAGAAUCCAGCCAGGGCCCUGUGCCCACAAAGGAGAAGAGAGGAAGCCACAGUGAGACCUCAGGGAAGAGUGAGGAGAAGCACAGCAGCAGAACCAAGGAGAAAGGAGCCAAACACAGCAAGGAGCAGAGCUCCCCUGAGGGCAAGGGCUCAGAAGAAACACACUCCCCGAGCAAACACAAAUCGCACAAGACCAGGGCUGGCCAGGAACAGAUGGAACACAUCAACGGGGCCGUCCAGAAUGCUUUAAAGAAGAUCGGGAACUUUCACGGGGACAAGAAAGGCAGCGAAACCAAAGAGGUGCCCAAAAGCCCCAGCAAGUCCCGCUCUGAGGUGAUCCACCCUCACAUGAAUUCUGAAGCUGCCACUUUGCUGGCCGCCCAGUUGAAGGAGAAGACCCAGAGUAUCAACCGGUGCGAGGGCGUGACAAAGCAGAAUGGUCUGGCCUCUCCGCAUUCCCACAAGGAGAAGCCCACCCCUCCUCAGAAGACCAAACGCUCUGCGCCCGCUGGGCCCAACCACAAUUCCAGCAAGCCUCUGCUGCCCACUUCCAGCAGCCUACAGAAGAUAGUCGCCCCUGUUUCAGAGAUGAUACCUUCAGAAGCAAAGAGCCCAGAAAGACAGGACUUGAAUAACCUCAAACAGGAUGGAGGAGACCCUACACCCAAGAAGACUCCCAUCAAAAAGCCUCCUAGAAGGAAAGAUAAGGAAGGAACCUUGGACUCUCAACCAAAGACCGCAAUCAUGCCACCUCAGAUGGUCAAGUAGAGGAAAUCUGCAGACCUUGGCAUUCUUCCAAGGUUAGCGGAUGAUUUUUUUUUUGUCUCUUGUUCAACUGACAACAUUAACAGCUCUUUUUUUGAAAGACCAAUGAAAAAAAAAAGUUGUUCAAAAGUAUUUAAUAAUGUGGAGGUGAUUUUUUUUUUUCCCCAAUGUGUACGCCAUACACGUAAAAGGACCAGAUCAUGCAGACUACAUUGCCUGCUGAAUUAAGCAGGGAUUGUUGGACUACUCUUUUUCAUUAUUUUUUAAUCAAUAAGAUGUCAGAGAGAUGGAUAAGGAUACGCAGACCGUUCAGUAUUACAAGGACUACAAUGUCAGUACUAUUUUUGUUGUUUGUAUGGUUUUUUUUGUAUUUUUUUUUUUUUUUUAGAAAACUUCUCUUAAACCUGUAAUAUUCCAAGCAUUCACCUGUUAUCGUGAGGUUUCGAGAGGCACGUCGAGGAUAGUAAACGAACAGCAGCGAGGAAUCUGCAAUGUUGGACAUUUGUUUUAUUUUUGUUUUCAGUUUUGUAUGUAAUAUAUCCACAGUCACAUGCUGGUUUCAGAAAUAUGAUAUUUCAUACAUCAACAAUUAUCUACGUGCAUCUAGUGGCCAUGGUUUUGGUGAUUAUUGGUUUUGAAGGCGUUGGAAGGCUGUGCAGGAGUGUUUCUGACACAGGUUAGAAUUCCCUCUGUUCUGGUAAUUUUAUUUAGUUUUCUUUAUAGUGAGAUUAUUAUUAUUUGUCGGCAAAUUGGCGCUCCACAGGCCUCCACAUGAAGAAUGUAAAAGAUAAAAUGCUUAGCCAACAGCCUCAAUGAUUAUAUCAGGUUAUUUCACAGUCCCAAUGACUAGGACUUCGACAUUCAGUUGGGACUAAUGGAUCAUUUUUAACUUGCAAUUUGGAGAGCAGAGUUUCAAUCAUUGUCUGUGUCUGUGUUUUUCGAUCAUUGUCUAUACCAGUCCUGCUUUAUUCCAAAAGCAGUGUGAACCUUAGGCUUUACUCCAUGCUGGGGUAUUUUAAUCAAGUCCAGAAUGCUUAACCAUGUCAGUUCAAUUCUAAAAGGCAAUACAUUUUGCUGCUUUUACAUUCACCUGAGCAAGGCACCUAGAAAACCGCUGAUCGCAUUUCGCAAAGGGUCCCAUUCUAACAGUGACCUUAGCCAAGAGCCUCAUUACUGCUUAGACACCUCUCAGCUGUGAGAAACGUUUCUGUUCGUAGGACUUCUACCAUCGUCAUUCCCACUUAAUGUGUUGCGUUUGCAGUGGGUGGCUAUAGAGACUGAAUGACUCCCAAUGCCCCUCCAUUGACCUAAUGUCUGUAUCCAUCUAUUGCUCCAUGUAGGUAUGUGCUGGUCACUGUACAGAUGUGGAACACUGUUCUUCUGUCUAUAUAGACACCUGCUGCAAUGGACACUAUAGGAUAACCCAAAUGCCCUUAGCCACCUGCAGGACAAUAAAUGCAUUACAACACAUUACAUUCUGUGAAAUUAGACCCUGAUCGUUUCCUCAAAGGUCUCACUUUGAACAAAUGAAACCUAUAGAAUGAAAGCCUGUAUCAGGAUCUAACCCUCCCUUUGAAAUACCGUGCAGCCGAGGACACUGUAUGAUCAAUAUCUUGUAUCCUCCGUACCUACCCAGAAUACCAAGCAAUAUCAGAACACAAAAAGAACUGAUAUCUCCAUGAGUGUCCUGUCAGUAAAAUGCAGCUGUCAAAAUGCUAAGUAUAUUCUUUUAAGGAUGUAAGGAUCUUAUAUGUCUUUGGGUACGUCAAUACGGCUCCUACUGUACACAAAGUAAACAGAGGAACUACCCUGUUUCUCAUUUUCGACAAGCUUUGAGUGCUAUGUGAAUGCUAAUUGAGUGUUGUUGUUUUUUUUUAAGGUACAUUUGUUUUCUGGACUAUAAGCUGUCAUAUGUUUCUCUGUAUAAAGAUGUCUUUUUUGUUUGUAUCAGUAUUAUUAUAAAUGUGCAUAAGCAGUGCUUAUUAAUAUAAUUCCUUCGCCAUUCCUUCUUCUUUUUGUUCCAGUGUUGAUAAGCUGGCUUUGGUAUUUUAUUCUGAUAACUUGCAUUAUUUACAUUUAAACUCCUGAUCAAAGACAGUAAAGGCUGGAAGUUGAAAACA